UGUUGAACUGGAUCUUUCGGCUCGAGCCUGUAAUAAACGUUCCGAAACAAGACACACCCAGGACAUCCUUGCCAGCUCCACGUCUACGCAUUCCAUUCUGACUUGGAAUAAGGCUUCCCAUUAUAAGCCUGCCGACCCCCCUCCUUUCGACACAAAGUCUUAAGCUAGUUUACGCCCACGUACACCACGAUCAACAUGUCAAGUCGACCAUCAAAGACACAUUACGCUAGCUCCUCUUCACUAGACUCAGACAGCAGCUCACCUUCGUCGUCUGAUACCGAUCUCUCUAUUCGGGCCAGUAUGGACGUCCAACCAGUUGCUUCCGUUGAGGUGAUGCGCUGCCUACGAUGCCAUCGUCAUGUCGAGGCCACAUCAACCGAUGACCCUGCCUCAACGGGUAUGAUCCGAGUAGGCUUUAACCUCUACUAUUGCCAGAAGUGUGCGAUCGCAGUCGGCUACAAAUGAACAACAUAAUGUCGUUUUGCGACAAAGAAGAGUCGACGAUUUCACACCCAAUUCCAACGCUGGAC